AUGAUGUCGCAAAGGCCUGACAAUUCUGAUAUGAAAAUGGAGAGUCACGAAGUCAAGUUCUCCGCCAAUCCCAACCACAAUGAUCGCACCCCCCGAAACAUGCACGAAUUGGGAUUGACCCCCUCAUGGAUGGAGCCUGGCUCUUACUCCAUGAUGCCGGCUCCCAACCAAAACUCCGGAUUUUACACGCCGAAUUCCGGGGGCAUGGGCGCCAUAUUCCACAAUCAGGCCGGUGACCUGCACACGCCAACGGGCAUGCAUAUGAUCACCCCCCUUUCGCUUUCCGGCUACCCCCAGGGCCAUCACCCGCACCAGAGUGGCUUCGAACCAUUCAACCCGCAGUUUGUGGAUGCCAUGAGUGAUAUGAACCCAUACGCUCAGCAAUCUUCUUAUGCUCCUAGCGCCUUUAUGAACCGCGAUGCGGGGUACGAUGCCAUGGACGACUCCAUGGAUAAUUCAUCUUUCAACGAUGUACAGGCCGAAACCGCAUCGAACAUGACAGCAUCAACCGAUUUCUCAGCGGUGCAAGAAAGCGGCGGCGACAUGACCUACGCCAAGGGAGAUAAAUUCCGCUUCAACAGUUCUCUACGCGCGCCGACAGCAAUGGUGAAGAAUAAGAAGGAAAUCCCCAUUACCUAUCUCAAUAAAGGCCAAGCAUACAACCUUUCUAUUGUGGACUCAUGUCCCCCGAUGAUUACCCACGAGCCCGUCCGAUACAGAACAUGCGUGCGCGUUUCUUUCGAAGAACAAGAGCAAAGAGCGAAACCUUCAACAUGUUGGCAAUUGUGGAAAGAAGGGAGAGGUUCCAGUGAAGCCCACCAACGCGGGGGUAAAUUAUUAGCGGUUGAGUAUGUGGAUCCACUGCAGGGCGGCGGCGACAUACACAAGCAUCGACAGGUCCAGGUUGAAAACACGUCCGUCGACGGUUUCACCGUGACCUGGACCGCUAACUCUGCGACUGGUAUAUCCGACUGCCACAUCCCAGUCCGUUUCAACUUCCUCUCUACCGACUUUAGCCACUCGAAAGGCGUCAAAGGAAUUCCCGUUCGCCUCUGUGCGAAGACCGAGGUUAUCUCGCCAGGGGAGGACGUAGGCAUUGCCCGCGAUACGGAGCUGUCUUACUGCAAGGUGAAGCUGUUCCGAGACCACGGCGCGGAGCGAAAGCUUUCCAACGAUAUCGCACACGUCAAAAAGACUAUUGAGAAGCUGAAGCAACAAGUCUCGCAGGCUGAGAUGGGCGGUGGCUUCGGAAAGCGCAAGCGUGGCAAUAACAAUUCAUCGUCAGUCAAGGGACUUGACCGAGGUAUGAAGUCCGGAGGCCACAAGCGGACAUGGUCGACGGGCUCGGACGAUGCACCCCCGGAAAAGCUCUCUCUCGAGGAUGACCUGCAGUCGAAGCUCUCAAUGAUGCAAGAGAUGUUCUCAUCCACCCGCCCUGUGAGCAUCUUAGGCUUGCGCGGCGAAGAGACCGAUGACCCUGAUCUAUAUCCGAUCCAGCUGAGCGGCGACGUCAGAUUUGAGAAACCAAACCGCCACACCACCAAUGACUUGCAAUCCGCGGAAUCCAUGAUCCCGUCACCCGCCAACACCAACACCUCCAGCUCCAAUUCGCCUCCUUCUUUCAACAACAGAGCUUUACAACGCCCGACCACCAUUCAACGAAACCCUUCUCGCGAUCAACUCCCACGCGGUUAUCUCGAGGCCGUUGGCAUUGACGCGUCUUAUCGACCCCCGGUUGAAUCGCUGCCCAAGCCAAUUGCAUGCUUUUACAUUCGCUUUACAAAACUUGAGCAAGCUCCUUUGAAUUGCUACCGUGCUGUCUAUCUUUCAGAGCGCACGGUCCGGGAUCUAGUCAACCAAAUCUUUGCUCCCUCUGAUAUCGACCCCUCCCGCGUUGCCCACAUCAUGCAUGUCAAUGACCGGGGUUUACGGAUCACGGUCGAUGAUAACGUCGUCCGUGAGCUCCCCGAGGGCCAGGAUAUGAUCAUCGAUAUCAGUGAAACAUCAGCUCCUGACGGUAGUGCUCCUGGCACAGUUGGAUCGUCAAUUGACGUCAAAUUAACAUACUGA